GGCGGGCCUCGGGAAGGGCCCCGGAGCCUUGCCGCACCUGCCGGCCGGGACAAAGGCGCGCCACUGCCCGGAAAUUCCCCGCGCCCCUCUUUCCCGCUCGUCGCCAGGCAGCUUCAAAGCUGUCAACGUUUCCCUUAGUCCCCGGUACGAGUGACAGGUCGGGAAAGUCCUUCAUUUUCUCCGCCUUUCAGGGCCUUCUUUUUUUUGUUGUGUCUUGACUGUUCGACACAAACUCUUCUAAUGACUUUUCUUGUCGUAUAAUUGUUCAAAACCGUGUACUUUUAUUAGUGGGACUUAUUUUUAUAGUAAGGCCAGAUAUUUGAGCUUCUCAUCUGCAACACCAGAAAGAAUCGAGGUUUUGUAAACUAUUUGCUGGUUUUAAAAUAUUUUUUCAUCUCAGAGUUUUCAUUACUUUCUGAAAGGGAAGCAUAGUCUUUUAUUAUAAAAAAUAACAUUGGCUUUACAAAUGAGGAAUAAUACAUACUAGAGUGGAUGUAGAAAUUCUCAACUAUAAAAGCAUAUGUUGGGGCAAAACAUUUUAAUCCAGACUCCACAAAAAAAGUUUCUAGAUAUUUUUUUUUAUUUAGUUGUAAUCUUUUUCUGAAAUAUGAUUUGGAAGUAAAUUGGACAGAGGAGUAUAAUUUUUGCUUUAGGAAUUGUUUACACAUCGACCAUAUUUUGAAUUUAAGAGAAAAUGGAAGAUUGGAAAGUAUCUUUUUAAGAAGUGUUUUAGAACUUCUUAAAACAGUUACAAAUAUGUGUGGGUGAAUGGAAGGGCCUUCACCACUUUGUUUGGCUUUAGGAGUAUACCACAAAUAAGAAUACUUUACCAAAGUCUGCAAGGUAAACAAAUUGUAGUUUGUUUAUACAAUAGCUGUGAUCAAGCCAUCAAAUAUCACAAAGAAGAAUGUUGACUUUGAAGAAUCUAUUCUAAGUUAAAACACAGGCUACAAAAUAAUUUAUAUGGUUUGUUAACACUUUUUUUUUUUAAAGGUUACUAAGUCAUAGAUAAAUACAAAAAGCUCUGAAUGCCAAUAGAAGGGUGGUUUUUCUCUGAGUAGAAGAAUUGAAGGUGUUUUGGGUUUUUACCUGAGUAUUUUGUUUUUCAAGAUUUUGUUUUAGGCAUGUAUUACAGUCCUAAAUAUCACUAGAAGCACAGAAGAAUACUGAGAGUCUUAUAAACUAUCAAAUAUACUUUUUGAUUAUACUGAGUUAAUAUUUUCCCAGGUGUACAUUAUAGUCUUUACUGCCCACUAUAAAUUAUCAUUGGUAGUAAAACUUUUGGACUUGUAACUUAAACAAGGCCAUCUUAAAACCUGGAAUUAACUUCAGAAUCUCUUUCUUUCCUGUUCAUGAAAAAAGAAUUUCUGAAGGAAUGCUUACAGACCUUUUGAAACUAUUCAAAUAAACUUUAAUUUUAAAGGUCCUGCUUAAGCUCCACUUUAAAUACUUUUAUUAAAAAGGUACAUUGAGCGUCCAGCCUGUACCCAAUGCUAUUCUCCAGGACAGGAUUACAAAAAUAAAGGAGACCCUGCUCUUGUGCCUGCAGACUCCGUAAUCCUAGAGUUAAGCUUUGAAGUGUCAAGGUGAUUUCAUGUAUAUAUGGUCUUAAUAAUUCAUAUAUGUACAUAUAUAUAUACACACACAUAUAUAUUUUACUGUUCUCACAUUAGGAGUGAAGAAACAGAUCUGAAAGGUUGUGACUCAGGCAAUAUCAAACAUAAUUAGAGGUGGAAGAUCUGAGACACCUAAUCUUUCAGCAUAGGUCCUGUUACUUUUUCCACCUUAGAACAUUGCCUUUGUUACCAAACUUCCAAAUUACUCUUUGGAUUAAAAGAAGUUUUUAAAUUAUCUUUCAGUUGCCAUUUUCGUAUCUUACCAAAUAAUGAUUCAAGGAUUUUUGGAUAUUGCAUUAUCUAAACUACAUACAUUGGUAAUUACUUUUUUUUUUUUUUUUUUGGUCAUUUGAUCUCAAUGGAUAAUUUAUAAAAGUAAUUGUGAACUAUCAAAAUAGUUGAAGACUAAAUUCAUGUGAUGUCUUUCCAAUACAGAUAGGACUUUCAGGAAAAAUUUGUCUUUCUCUGAAUUUUGGGACAGUGGGGCAUUUUUCUAGAUUCUGCUCACAUGAGCCAUUCUGGGUUUGUUCCAGCUUACCAACACUUGGUGUCACAUGUGAGCCUCCCACAUGUGUUCACUCUCCAUUCCAGCUCUGUGAUUGAACUCUGCUCUUAUUGACUAGGGGGCAGUUGGGCAGACAUGCUUCAUUCCUGGAAUUGACAGUCGUUCCAUAAGAAGUUGGAUUCCAUGGGUUCCAAGAGACGAAGAGCUACUUCCCCUUCCAGCAGUGUCAGCGGGGACUUUGAUGACGGGCAUCAUUCUGUGUCUACACCAGGCCCAAGCAGGAAAAGGAGGAGACUUUCUAAUCUUCCAACUGUAGAUCCUAUUGCUGUUUGCCAUGAACUCUACAACACCAUCCGAGACUAUAAGGAUGAUCAGGGCAGACUCCUCUGUGAGCUCUUCAUUAGGGCACCAAAGCGAAGAAAUCAACCAGACUAUUAUGAAGUGGUUUCUCAACCCAUUGACUUGAUGAAAAUCCAACAGAAACUAAAAAUGGAAGAGUAUGAUGAUGUUAAUCUGCUGACUGCUGACUUCCAACUGCUUUUUAACAACGCAAAGGCCUAUUAUAAGCCGGAUUCUCCUGAAUAUAAAGCUGCUUGCAAACUCUGGGAUUUGUAUCUUCGAACAAGAAAUGAGUUUGUUCAGAAAGGAGAAGCAGAUGAUGAAGAUGAUGAUGAAGAUGGACAAGACAAUCAAGGCGCAGUGACUGAAGGAUCUUCUCCAAGUUACCUUAAAGAGAUCCUGGAACAGCUUCUUGAAGCCAUUGUUGUAGCCACAAAUCCAUCAGGACGGCUCAUUAGUGAACUUUUUCAGAAACUGCCUUCUAAAGUGCAAUAUCCAGACUAUUAUGCAAUAAUUAAGGAGCCUAUAGAUCUCAAGACCAUUGCACAGAGGAUACAGAAUGGAAGCUACAAAAGUAUUCAUGCAAUGGCCAAAGAUAUAGAUCUCCUAGCAAAAAAUGCCAAAACUUAUAAUGAGCCUGGUUCUCAAGUAUUCAAGGAUGCAAAUUCAAUUAAAAAAAUAUUUUAUAUGAAAAAGGCAGAAAUUGAACAUCAUGAAAUGGCUAAGUCAAGUCUUCGAAUGAGGACUCCAUCAAAUUUGUCAGCGACCAGGCUGACAGGCCCUUCGCACAGUAAAGGCAGCCUUGGUGAAGAGAGAAAUACCACUAGCAAGUAUUAUCGUAAUAAAAGAGCAGUCCAAGGGGGCCGUUUGUCAGCAAUUACCAUGGCACUUCAGUAUGGCUCAGAAAGUGAAGAGGAUGCUGCAUUAGCUGCUGCACGUUAUGAAGAAGGAGAGUCAGAAGCUGAGAGCAUCACUUCCUUCAUGGAUGUUUCAAAUCCCUUUUAUCAGCUGUAUGACACAGUUAGGAGCUGUCGGAAUAACCAAGGGCAACUAAUAGCUGAACCUUUUUUCCAUUUGCCUUCAAAGAAGAAAUAUCCUGAUUAUUACCAGCAAAUUAAAAUGCCCAUAUCACUACAACAGAUUAGAACAAAAUUAAAGAACCAAGAAUAUGAAACUUUAGAUCAUUUGGAGUGUGAUCUGAAUUUAAUGUUUGAAAAUGCCAAGCGCUAUAAUGUUCCCAAUUCAGCCAUCUAUAAACGAGUUCUAAAAUUGCAGCAAGUCAUGCAGGCAAAGAAGAAAGAGCUUGCCAGAAGAGAUGACAUAGAGGAUGGAGACAGCAUGAUCUCUUCAGCCACCUCUGAUACUGGUAGUGCCAAAAGAAAAAGGAACACUCAUGACAGUGAGAUGUUGGGUCUCAGGAGGCUAUCCAGUAAAAAGAACAUAAGAAAACAGCGAAUGAAAAUCUUAUUCAAUGUUGUUCUUGAAGCUCGAGAGCCAGGUUCAGGCAGAAGACUUUGUGAUCUAUUUAUGGUUAAACCGUCCAAGAAGGACUAUCCUGAUUAUUAUAAAAUCAUCUUAGAGCCAAUGGAUUUGAAAAUAAUUGAGCAUAAUAUCCGCAAUGACAAAUAUGCAGGUGAAGAGGGAAUGAUAGAAGACAUGAAGCUGAUGUUCAGGAAUGCGAGGCACUACAAUGAAGAGGGCUCCCAGGUAUACAAUGAUGCCCAUAUCCUGGAGAAGUUACUCAAGGAUAAAAGGAAAGAGCUGGGGCCGCUGCCUGAUGAUGAUGACAUCACAUCUCCCAAACUCAAACUGAGUAGAAAGAGUGGUGUUUCUCCUAAAAAAUCAAAAUACAUGACUCCAAUGCAGCAGAAACUAAAUGAAGUCUAUGAAGCUGUAAAGAACUAUACUGAUAAAAGAGGUCGCCGCCUCAGUGCCAUAUUUCUGAGGCUUCCUUCCAGAUCUGAGUUGCCUGACUACUAUCUGACCAUUAAAAAGCCCAUGGACAUGGAAAAAAUUCGAAGUCAUAUGAUGGCCAACAAGUACCAAGAUAUAGACUCUAUGGUUGAGGACUUCGUCAUGAUGUUUAAUAAUGCCUGUACAUACAAUGAGCCUGAGUCUUUGAUCUAUAAAGAUGCCCUUGUCCUACAUAAAGUCCUGCUUGAAACUCGGAGAGACCUGGAGGGAGAUGAGGAUUCUCAUGUCCCAAAUGUGACCUUGCUGAUUCAAGAGCUUAUCCAUAAUCUUUUUGUGUCGGUCAUGAGUCAUCAGGAUGAUGAGGGACGAUGCUACAGUGAUUCCUUAGCAGAAAUUCCUGGUGUGGAUCCCACUUUUCCUAACAAACCUCCCCUUACUUUUGACAUUAUUAGGAAGAAUGUUGAAAAUAAUCGCUACCGGCGGCUUGAUUUAUUUCAAGAGCAUAUGUUUGAAGUAUUGGAAAGGGCAAGAAGGAUGAAUCGGACAGAUUCCGAAAUAUAUGAGGAUGCAGUAGAACUUCAGCAGUUUUUUAUUAGAAUUCGUGAUGAACUCUGCAAAAAUGGAGAGAUCCUUCUUUCUCCAGCACUCAGCUAUACCACAAAGCAUUUGCAUAAUGAUGUGGAGAAAGAAAAAAAGGAAAAAUUACCAAAAGAAAUAGAGGAAGAUAAACUAAAACGAGAAGAAGAAAAAAGAGAAGCUGAAAAGAGUGAAGAUUCGUCAGGUGCUACUGGCCUGUCAGGCUUACAUCGCACAUACAGCCAGGACUGCAGCUUUAAGAACAGCAUGUACCAUGUUGGAGAUUAUGUCUAUGUGGAACCUGCAGAAGCCAACCUACAACCACAUAUAGUCUGUAUUGAGAGACUGUGGGAAGAUUCAGCUGGUGAAAAAUGGUUGUAUGGCUGUUGGUUUUAUCGGCCAAAUGAAACAUUCCAUCUGGCUACGCGAAAAUUUCUAGAAAAAGAAGUUUUUAAGAGUGACUAUUACAAUAAAGUUCCUGUUAGUAAAAUUCUAGGCAAAUGUGUGGUCAUGUUUGUCAAGGAAUACUUUAAAUUAUGCCCAGAAAGCUUUCGAGAUGAGGAUGUUUUUGUCUGUGAAUCACGGUAUUCUGCUAAAACCAAAUCUUUUAAGAAAAUUAAAUUGUGGACUAUGCCCAUCAGUUCAGUUAGAUUUGUCCCUCGAGAUGUACCUCUGCCUGUGGUUCGAGUUGCCUCUGUAUUUGCAAAUGCAGAUAAAGGGGAUGAUGAGAAGAAUACAGAUAACUCAGAGGACAGUCGAGUUGAAGAUAAUUUUAACUUGGAAAAGGAAAAAGAAGAUGUCCCUGUGGAAAUGUCCAACGGUGAACCAGGUUGCCACUACUUUGAGCAGCUUCGUUACAAUGACAUGUGGCUGAAGGUUGGCGACUGUGUCUUCAUCAAGUCCCAUGGUCUGGUGCGCCCCCGCGUGGGCAGAAUUGAAAAAGUGUGGGUCCGAGAUGGAGCUGCAUAUUUUUAUGGCCCCAUUUUCAUUCACCCAGAAGAAACAGAGCAUGAGCCCACAAAAAUGUUCUACAAAAAAGAAGUGUUUCUGAGUAAUCUGGAAGAAACCUGUCCCAUGACAUGUAUUCUGGGAAAGUGUGCUGUGUUGUCAUUCAAGGACUUCCUCUCCUGCAGGCCAACUGAAAUACCAGAAAAUGACAUUCUGCUUUGUGAGAGUCGCUACAAUGAGAGUGACAAGCAGAUGAAGAAAUUCAAGGGACUGAAGAGGUUUUCGCUCUCUGCUAAAGUGGUAGAUGAUGAAAUUUACUACUUCAGAAAACCAAUUGUUCCUCAGAAAGAGCCCUCACCUUUGUUGGAAAAGAAGAUCCAAUUGCUAGAAGCUAAAUUUGCUGAGUUAGAAGGUGGAGAUGAGGAUGUUGAAGAGAUGGGAGAAGAAGAUAGUGAGGUCAUUGAACCUCCUUCUCUACCUCAGCUUCAGACUCCCCUGUCCAGUGAACUGGACCUCAUGCCCUACACACCCCCACAGUCUACCCCAAAGUCUGCCAAAGGCAGUGCAAAGAAGGAAGGCUCCAAACGGAAAAUCAACAUGAGUGGCUACAUCCUGUUCAGCAGUGAGAUGAGAGCUGUGAUUAAGGCCCAGCACCCAGACUACUCUUUUGGGGAGCUCAGCCGACUGGUGGGGACAGAGUGGAGAAACCUUGAGACAGCCAAGAAAGCAGAAUAUGAAGAGCGGGCAGCUAAAGUUGCUGAGCAGCAGGAGAGAGAGCGAGCAGCACAGCAACAACAGCCGAGUGCUUCUCCCCGAGCAGGCACCCCUGUGGGGGCUCUCAUGGGGGUGGUGCCACCACCAACACCAAUGGGGAUGCUCAAUCAGCAGUUGACACCUGUUGCAGGCAUGAUGGGUGGCUAUCCGCCAGGCCUUCCACCUUUGCAGGGCCCAGUUGAUGGCCUUGUUAGCAUGGGCAGCAUGCAGCCACUUCACCCUGGGGGGCCUCCACCCCACCAUCUUCCGCCAGGUGUGCCCGGCCUCCCGGGCAUCCCACCACCGGGUGUGAUGAACCAAGGAGUGGCCCCUAUGGUAGGGACUCCAGCACCAGGUGGAAGUCCAUAUGGACAACAGGUGGGAGUUUUGGGGCCUCCAGGACAGCAGGCACCACCUCCAUAUCCUGGCCCACAUCCAACUGGACCUCCUGUUAUACAGCAGCCAACAACACCCAUGUUUGUGGCUCCCCCACCGAAGACCCAGCGACUUCUUCACUCCGAGGCCUACCUGAAAUACAUUGAAGGACUCAGUGCUGAGUCCAAUAGCAUUAGCAAAUGGGACCAAACUCUAGCAGCUCGAAGACGUGAUGUCCAUUUGUCAAAAGAACAGGAGAGCCGCCUCCCCUCUCACUGGCUCAAAAGUAAAGGGGCCCACACCACCAUGGCAGAUGCCCUCUGGCGUCUACGGGAUUUGAUGCUUCGAGACACCCUCAACAUUCGCCAAGCGUACAACCUAGAAAACGUUUAGUAACAUCAUUAUGUUUUGUUUUUUGUUUUUCUUUUUAUAGAAGCAUAAAGAGUUGUGGAACAGUAGCCAUUUUAGUUACUGGGGGUGGGGGGAAGGAACAAAGGAUGAUGAUUUUUAUUGCAUUUUACUGUACAUCACAAGGCCAUUUUUAUAUAAGGACACUUUUAAUAAGCUAUUUCAAUUUGGUUUUGUUAUAUUAAGUUGACUUUAUCAAAUACACAAAGAUUUUUUGGCAUAUGUUUCCUUUGUUUAAAACCAGUUUCAUAAUUGGUUAUAUAUGUAGACUUGGAGUUUUAUCUUUUUACUUGUUGCGAUGGGACUGAAACCAUCCAAGGUUUUGUCUUGGCUUGGGGUUUUGGGGGGUUUUUGUUUUGUUUCGUUUGGGGUUUUUUGUUUUGUUUUUUUACAAAAGAAAAAAAUGAAAAAAAAAAAACACAAGAGUUUACAGAUUAGUUUAAGUUGACAAUGAAAUGUGAAGUUGGUCCUAGUUUACAUCUUAGAGAGGGUAGCGUGUUUGUAUAUGUUUCAUGUGCCUGAAUAUCUUAAGCCACUUUCCCAAAAAGCUGUUUCUUACAGGUAAAGUGAAGUGCUUUCUUUGAAAGGUUGUUUAGAUUAUGGGUGUUUGAGAGACAUGGCACAUUUGCUCUGUUAACUCAGAGGCUCACUAUAGAAAUCUGUGGUCAAUGUUGUGUGUCCACCCACAGCCUGUGUGCCUCCCAAAUUCCUGGAGGGAAUGCAGUUUUUCUUGUGCCGAGUUAGACAUCUAUGGUGUCAAGUGGUUUUGCAGAACAUGUUCAUAGCCCUGAAUUAUAUCUAGUCUUGGCAGGUAAGUUUAAGGGUACUUUUGAUCUGUUUCUAAUGAAUUCACAACUUAUGCCUAUAUAUGUUAGAUGAGUUUGAAAUUUCAAAUCUAUUACAUUGAAAACUUCAAAGUUCAUCUUGAGGAAAGCAUAGAGGUAUGCAUGGAGGUGAUUUAUUUUUACGCAUAACACUUAACAUAAGGAAGGAAGUGUGUAAUUGGAUCUGAGCUGUGUCAUGAGCAUAAUUGUGACAUACGGUAGAUUACCUGCACUUGCAAAUGUUUCAUAGUCAUUAUUUCUUUAUUAUCAGUUGUGGCAUUUUUUUUUUUCUUCUAAGUUUCAGGGUUGUAAUUCUCAAUCAGAAAUUUAUUUCUUCCUAAAAUAUGUUUUUCAAUUUAGCUUGUGCUUUUGAAUUAUAGGAGAAGGGAAUCAUAAUUUAAGAAAAAUGCUCACUAAAGAGACCAUUAUGGAUCCCAAACACUUGGGUUUGGUGACCUUGUCUUUCUUAUAUGGCCCUAGAAUAAACAUUUGGAGGCAGCAUAUGCUGCUUAGAUGGUAGGAAACUGCAAACAUGGAACAUUACUUCACUUGGUGGUGUGUUUCUGAAACCUGCUUUAUUGUAACAGGAUGGUUGCAUUGUCAAGGUGAAGCUUCCACACUGCUGUUUGUAAGUUGAGAGAGUGACUUGCAGAGGGUACUUUUUUCCUUUUAAUCUGCUCUGAAUCAAUACCCAGAUGUUUAAUUACCAUACUUAAUAAAUCAUGAGGGCAAAAGAGUAUAGAAUGGAAAAAAGUCUGUUGUAUCUAGAUAAUUACAAGGAGGCCCUUGUAAUUUAAUUGCCAUUAGUCAACCACUGGAUCUCAGUUUGCAUCAAGUAUUUUAAGUAAUUUUGAAUUUUAAAAAAUGUAUUGCAGUAGUAUUUCAGUACCUUAUUGUUAAACUAAAUCAGAUAAAGAAAUCUCCAAUUCCUGGUUAUUUCGACCAUUGAAUCAUCAUGGACUGUGUAAUGCAAUCAGAUUCUUUUCUUUUUAGACAUCCUUGAAUUACACCAAAGAACCUGAAACUUAAUUUUGGUUAAAUUAUUUAUUUAUUUCAUACAUUCAUUUUAUUUCCCUUUUUAAGGUCUGGAUGAGACUUUUUGGGGGAACUUCUAAAAACUCUUCACUGUGGGCCACAGGGGCACUUAGAAGCAGAGCGCUCCUCCUCCAGGCUCCUUCCCAGUACCUUAGGAGCUCCUUAAGGCAGUGCAGAGCCAGCCCAGGGUGCCAAUAGGCAGGCCCUAAUUAAGUUUAAAAAUAAAAUAAACUAUUUAUUUUAGAAUCAUGUCUUUCUAUGUACUAACUUGGAGAAUAUCAGUUAAUAUUUAGAAUAUAAGAUUUGAGGUGAACCAUCUUCCAGAAAAGAAAAAUAAAAAAGUCCUGACAUAAGAAAGUACAGGUAAACAGUACAUCUUUUCUCCCAUGAGUUUUAGGAACUGUAGUAAUGUGGCUUAGAAAGCAUAAUGACCUAAAUGUUUUUAAAAUGUAAGUUCCUGUGGAGAAGAACUUUGUUCAUUUGGAGGGAGGGGCCUAUAGAUUUAAAAUAGAAUGUUUGUCAGCUGAUUUAAAAGGCCUUUAAUUGAUUUGUUUUUUAACUCACCCUCCUCUUCCGAUGAGGAAGAAUUGAGGGGAGGACAGUUACUUGUGUAAAAUCCCCAAAUUGAUGGUAUUAACUUCUCAGCUUGAACCUUUCCAGACCUGAUUAAAAUUUGGUUUAUUCUAAUUUCUGUAUCAUAUCAUCAUCUGAGGUUUAAGUGGUUACUAGUCUUAUAACAUGUAUGUAUCAUAUGUUUGUUCAUUUAAAGCUUUUUAAUCCAAAUAAAAAUGGAGUUUGCAAAGUGA